AUGACCUGUGCCCUUGAGUUCUCCCCACUGAACAGACAGUGCCAGACAGCCAUCCUGACACACUCAGUCAUCUUGGGGGUGGGGUCGGCCUCCUUCCUCCGUGGGACCCUGCUAAUCAGUGCCCACCCCUUUCUGCUCAGGUGGCUUCCUUUCUGUAGGACCGACAUCAUUGCCCACACCUACUGUGAGUUUAUGGCACUAGUCAAGCUGGCUUGUGCUAAGACCCGGGUCAUCCGGACCUACAGCCUUACUGUUGCCUUCCUCACGGGAGGCUUGGACUUCCUGCUGAUCAUCUGUUCAUACAUCCUCAUCCUCCAGGCCAUGUUCCACCUCCCCUCUAAGGAUGCCCUGCUCGAGACCCUGGGGACCUGCGGCUCCCAGAUCUGUAUGAUCUUGGUGUCCUACACCCCGGCCUUCUUCUCCUUCCUCACACACAGGUUAGGGCACCACAUUGCCCCCCACAUCCACAUCUUUGUGGCCAACAUCUACAUCCUGGUGCCCCCUAUGGUGAAUCCCAUCAUCUAUGGGGUGAAGACCAAAAGGAUCCGUGAGAAAGUCCUCAAGUUCCUCUUCCCCUUAAAGUCUUGA